AUGGAGCCCAAAGAGGCCAUGAGUCCAGAGAAGUCAGGAGCUGAAGAGAGCGACACCUGCUCUGACCUCACAGAGCAGAACCACACAUCACCCUCUCGCUCCGGAGUCCAGCGGCUGCGGCCUCAGCUGAAGGGGCCCUGGGCCGGUGUGGUCUGUGUAGUCCGUGGGGUCUGGAGUCCGUGGAGACCGUGGUGUCCGUGGAGCUGGAUCAGGGCGCCCCCGGUGGAGAGAGUGUGGUGGCGCCUGCGAGGUGUCAGGCCCCUGUGCGUCCUGCUGAAGAACAUGAUGUUAUUAAGAGGAAGUCACAGACAGGGUCCUGACACCUCCAGGCCCCGCCCCCUGGCCCCGCCCCCCAGGCCCUGCCUCCACGCCCCGAUAACCCUGAGGAGACGAGGCGCCGCGUUGCCAGAUCCACGGCGGAUUGCACCUCAACAUUUAACCGCCAAUCUCACACUUGUCUUGUGA